AACUUUUCUGAGCUUACUGUUUCACAAACUUGCCUAUUCUUGAAUUCUGAGCUGGAGGUUGUGAUUCUCCCUUCUGUACUUUAAGAUGAUGCACUCUUCUGAAGUUUUCGAUUGAACUCUAGUGGCCAACUGAAUUGACUUUUUCAGAUCACUAAAAAGUUUCUCCUUGAAAAAUACUCAGAAGAUGAAACACACACACACACACGUGUACGCAUACACACGCGGACACCAUAUAGCAUCAUCAGUGGGAAAAGUGACAGCAUCUUGCUAAAGGGUGAUCAUACCAUAUUAAUCCGAUUCGCCAGAACUACUUGCUUCACUGAGCUCUCAGGUGUGCUCGGGUCUUCCUUUGAAGAAAAUAAAUGUCAACGCUACCCUCUAUUCUACUCCCAUUUUCCUCCCCACCCCAUUUCCACUCUCCCUUAAAGAGAUGUGUGCACACAAUCACUGCCCAACGCAAGAAUGCAUCACUGCAUCCAAUGCUUGGAAACUGUCCGUGAAGAUGCCUUUGAGUAGCUGUCUAUUUGAGGAUUUGUGGCUAAUUCCUCCCCAUUUGUUUCCUUAGCCUGCUCCCAACCAGGUGUCUCCCGAACUUUUCCCCUCCGCCACCAACUCCGUCUCCAUCAGCAGGUGCUUUCUGUUAUAGGGACUGGCGUGCCGCGGACAGUGUGAUAAAGAAACCGUAUGAUGGAUAUGAGAAAUUCGUAAGACCCAGCAGCAAACGGGGAGCGGCUGGCGAGCGCUCCACGGCCCCCAAGCGUAGGAGCUCUGGAUCGGAAUUUGUAAUUCGUAAUUGGAACGUGAGCGCCGGAACAGCUCUCCCGGUAACCACCCCAGCUGGCGCGCGGAAAACCCGGAAAGUGGAUUUCGCCCCCGCUCCCUCCCGGAAACAACAACUGGUGCCUGCAACCGUUCUCACUGAGCAUGUGCAGACGGCGAUGCGCAUGCUCUGUCGCGGUCCGGUUGGGUUUCUGUUGCGGGACCCAGGGUGUCUCCUAGCGCAACCGGAACUAGCCGUCCCGGGGCCGGCCUCCUUUAUCUCCCGCGGCCUUGUAGUGGUCUCCGAGCCUCCCCACCCCUCCUUCCCUCUUCACCCCCUAGACUUGAUUGCCCUUUCCCCGAAACAGCUAUCAUGAGCGCUAGGCUGCCGGUGUUGUCUCCACCUCGGUGGCCGCGGCUGUUGCUGCUGUCGCUGCUCCUGCUGGGGGCGGCUCCUGGCCCGCGCCGGAGCGGCGCUUUCUACCUGCCCGGCCUGGCGCCCGUCAACUUCUGCGACGAAGAAAAAAAGAGCGACGAGUGCAAGGCCGAAAUAGAACUAUUUGUGAACAGACUUGACUCAGUGGAAUCAGUUCUUCCUUAUGAAUACACAGCGUUUGAUUUUUGCCAAGCAUCAGAAGGAAAGCGCCCAUCUGAAAAUCUUGGUCAGGUACUAUUCGGGGAAAGAAUUGAACCUUCACCAUAUAAGUUUACGUUUAAUAAGGAGGAGACCUGUAAGCUUGUUUGUACAAAAACAUACCAUACAGAGAAAGCUGAAGACAAACAAAAGUUAGAAUUCUUGAAAAAAAGCAUGUUAUUGAAUUAUCAGCAUCACUGGAUUGUGGAUAAUAUGCCUGUAACAUGGUGUUACGAUGUUGAAGAUGGUCAGAGGUUCUGUAAUCCUGGAUUUCCUAUUGGCUGUUACAUUACAGAUAAAGGCCAUGCAAAAGAUGCCUGUGUUAUUAAUUCAGAAUUCCAUGAAAGAGAUACAUUUUACGUCUUCAACCAUGUUGACAUCAAAAUAUACUAUCAUGUUGUUGAAACUGGGUCCAUGGGAGCAAGAUUAGUGGCUGCUAAACUUGAACCAAAAAGCUUCAAACAUACCCAUAUAGAUAAACCAGACUGCUCAGGGCCCCCCAUGGACAUAAGUAACAAGGCUUCUGGGGAGAUAAAAAUUGCCUAUACUUACUCUGUUAGCUUCAAGGAAGAUGAUAAGAUCAGAUGGGCAUCUAGAUGGGACUAUAUUCUGGAGUCUAUGCCUCAUACCCACAUUCAGUGGUUUAGCAUUAUGAAUUCCCUGGUCAUUGUCCUCUUCUUAUCUGGAAUGGUAGCUAUGAUUAUGUUACGGACACUGCACAAAGAUAUUGCCAGAUAUAAUCAGAUGGACUCUACGGAAGAUGCCCAGGAAGAAUUUGGCUGGAAACUUGUUCAUGGUGAUAUAUUCCGUCCUCCAAGAAAAGGGAUGCUGCUAUCAGUCUUUCUAGGAUCUGGGACACAGAUUUUAAUUAUGACCUUUGUGACUCUAUUUUUCGCUUGCCUGGGAUUUUUGUCACCUGCCAACCGAGGAGCACUGAUGACGUGUGCUGUGGUCCUGUGGGUGCUGCUGGGCACCCCUGCAGGCUAUGUUGCUGCCAGAUUCUAUAAGUCCUUUGGAGGUGAGAAGUGGAAAACAAAUGUUUUAUUAACAUCAUUUCUUUGUCCUGGGAUUGUCUUUGCUGACUUCUUUAUAAUGAAUCUGAUCCUCUGGGGAGAAGGAUCUUCAGCGGCUAUUCCUUUUGGGACAUUGGUUGCCAUAUUGGCCCUUUGGUUCUGCAUAUCUGUGCCUCUGACGUUUAUUGGUGCAUACUUUGGUUUUAAGAAGAAUGCCAUUGAACACCCAGUUCGAACCAAUCAGAUUCCACGUCAGAUUCCUGAACAGUCGUUCUACACAAAGCCCUUGCCUGGUAUUGUCAUGGGAGGGAUUUUGCCCUUUGGCUGCAUCUUUAUACAGCUUUUCUUCAUUCUGAAUAGUAUUUGGUCACACCAGAUGUAUUACAUGUUUGGCUUCCUAUUUCUGGUGUUUAUCAUUUUGGUUAUUACCUGUUCUGAAGCAACUAUACUUCUUUGCUAUUUCCACCUAUGUGCAGAGGAUUAUCAUUGGCAAUGGCGUUCAUUCCUUACCAGCGGCUUUACUGCAGUUUAUUUCUUAAUAUAUGCAAUACAUUACUUCUUUUCAAAACUGCAGAUCACAGGAACAGCAAGCACAAUUCUGUACUUUGGUUAUACCAUGAUAAUGGUUUUGAUCUUCUUUCUUUUUACAGGAACAAUUGGCUUCUUUGCAUGCUUUUGGUUUGUUACCAAAAUAUACAGUGUGGUGAAGGUUGACUGAAGAAGUCCAGUGUGUCCAGUUAAAACAGAAAUAAAUUAAACUCUUCAUCAACAAAGACCUGUUUUUGUGACUACCUUGAGUUUUAUCAGAAUUAUUGGCCUAGUAAUCCUUCAGAAACACCGUAAUUCUAAAUACACCUCUUCCCACAUACCUUUCCCCCAUGAGAUGUGUCUUCAACACUAUAAAGCAUUUGUAUUGUGAUUUGAUUAAGUAUAUAUUCGGUUGUUCUCAAUGAAGAGCAAAUUUAAAUAUUAUGUGCAUUUGUAAAUACAGUAGCUAUAAAAUUUUCCAUACUUCUAAUGGCAGAAUAGAGGAGACCAUGUUAAAUAAUACUGAUGAAAGGCAGGACACAGGAUUGUAAAUAGGAUUUUCUAGGCUCGGUAGGCGGAAAGAAUUAUUUUUCUUUGAAGGAAAUGACUUUUUAUCAUGGUAAUUUUGAAGGAUGAUUCCUGUGAUGUGUUCACCAGGGGAAUGUGGCUUUUAAAGAAAAUCUUGUAUUGGUUGUAACUGUUCAUAUCUUCUUACUUUUCUGUGUUGACUUCAUUAUUCCCAUGGUAUUGGCCUUUUAAACUAUGUGCCUCUGAGUCUUUCAAUUUAUAAAUUUGUUAUCUUAAUAAAUAUUAUAAAAAUGUC